CAGAGUUUUCAAGCCUCAACCUUCCAACUCAGAAGGAACAAACACUCCUUCCUCGCUCCUCAGUUCUUUCUUUUUCUCUAGAAUCUUCCAAUAUUCCUUUUACCUUUUCAUACAACUUAACUCACUCAGUAGCAAGAAACGAGUCAUGGAAUCUAAACCCUUAAAAUCUAUCAAGCUCCUCUGUAGCUACGGUGGCAAGAUCCUUCCUCGCUCCACCGACGGCGAACUCCGUUACGUCGGCGGUCACACCAGAGUUCUCGCCGUCGAUCGUUCAAUUUCUUUUUCAGAACUGAUGGUGAAACUCGGAGAGUUGUGCGGUUCGUCUGUGACUUUAAGGUGUCAAUUACCAAAAGGAGAUUUGGAAACGCUGAUUUCCAUCACCAACGAUGAAGAUUUGGCUAAUAUAAUCGAUGAAUACGAACGUGCUUCAUUGAAAUUAACUCAUCCGUUGAAGAUCAGAGCCAUUCUUUCGCUGCCGAAAUCGCUUUUGAAAGUUUCUCCUGUUGCGUCGUCUUCGUCGUCCAGUACAAGUUGUUCUCCGUCCAGAUCUCCUCAUACCUCCGCUGAAUCGCUGCCGUACACUAUGGCUUAUCGGAUCAGACGCCAAAUUCGUUCGCCGCGUGCGCCGGUAGGGUAUCCGAUCGGCGUCAGAAACGGCUCGGCGAAAGCUUGUUAUAUGGGCCAGUUUGACGGAAGCCCAAGGUCCUUUUAUUGUGGGCCGCGUUGCAAUUAUUACUGCCAUUAAGGAGAAGGCCCAUAUUUUAUAAAUAUAUAAUUACAUAAGUAAAUACAUGGAACCAAAUUAGAAGCUGAUUCAGUAUAUGAAUGAAAAAAAUUAAACAAAUGACCCAGGACAAAACUAAAAAGAAAUUGAGAGAUGAACCGGGUUAUGAAAUACGAUGAUUUUUGUUUCUUAUAAAUUUUGAGAUGGUAUUGAGGUUCUAAAUUUUUUAUUUGAGCCUUAAUUUCUUGUUGGACAUGGUGGAUGCCUUAGACUCUUGUUUUUUUCUUAGGAGUUAGGGUUUCGUUAACCGCGGUCUGAUUCGGACACGAUUGUCCGUUUUUGAUGAUUUUGAUUCUGUCUUUGGAAGACAGUUGUCGUUUCUUGCGUGAAAUUCGUUCAAUUCAUACAUCGUGUGAACUUGAUUAUGUGAUUAAUAUUAAUUGGGUAAGUAAGCUUCCUUCUAAUUUA